AGCAACCAAUUUAAACUGCUAGCUGUCACAGAUACACUUAUAAUUGCAUGAAAUCCUUAAAAACACAUUGAUUUGGACAACACAAGAUAUGGGUGAUAUGAGAAAAUUUGUUGUGUUGGGUCUGAUUUGCUUUCUGGGAUGUAUUAACCACACGGACGCACAGUUUCCAAGGGUCUGCUGUACAGUGGAGGGCAUUGUGUCGAAACAGUGCUGUCCCGCUCUGGGAUCGGACCCGGCUAAUGUAUGCGGAAUUCUGUCUGGCAGAGGAAACUGCAGCAACAUUCCCGUGGAUUCUAAACCUUGGAGCGGACCAUAUAGAUUCAGAAAUGUGGACGACCGGGAAAACUGGCCAACCAAAUUUUUCAACCGUACUUGUCGAUGCUUUGGUAACUUUGCUGGUUACAAUUGUGGCGAGUGCAAAUUUGGCUGGACGGGACCCAACUGUGACCAGCGCAAAGCUCCAACCAUGAGGAAGAACAUCCACUCGCUGACCACAGAAGAGCUGCAGGAGUUCCUCAGUGUUCUCGAUCUCGCCAAAACAACCAUUCACCCAGACUAUGUGAUUGCUACACAGCACUGGCUGGGCCUGUUGGGACCCAAUGGAACCGAGCCACAGUUUAGCAACAUCUCAAUUUACGAUUUCUUCGUUUGGCAGCACUAUUACUCAGUCCGAGACACAUUGCUAGGUCCAGGCCGGCCUUUCAAAGCCAUUGACUUUUCUCAUAAGGGUCCAGCAUUCAUUACCUGGCAUAGAUACCAUUUGCUGAGUCUGGAGAGAGAAUUACAGAAACUUACAGGUAAUGAGAACUUUGCGGUGCCCUACUGGAACUUUGCCACCGGCCAGACAGAGUGUGACGUCUGCACAGACUCGCUGCUCGGAGGUCAGGACCCCAGCGAUCCGUCUCGAAUCAGCCCCAGGUCCAGAUUUGCCCGCUGGGGAUUGGUGUGUGAUAGUCUGGAUGAAUAUAACCAGCGGGUGACUUUGUGUAACGGGACCAGCGAAGGUUCUCUGCGCAGAGGAAUCAUGGAGAGAACCAAUGUGACUUUACCGACCAUGAAUGAUGUGAGAAGCUGCCUGAACCUCAGAGAGUUUGAUAGUCCUCCAUAUUUCACUAACUCAACCUUCAGCUUCAGAAACGCUUUGGAAGGGUAUGACAAACCAGAUGGUGAGCUGGACAGCUCUGUUUCCAAUCUGCACAACCUGGUACACCAGUUCCUCAAUGGGACCAGCGCUUUGUCGCAUUCUGCAGCCAAUGAUCCCAUCUUUCUGGUGCUCCAUACUUUCACCGAUGCCAUAUUUGAGGAAUGGAUGAGACGUUUCCGUGAAAACGCAAGUUUCCCGGAUGAGAUGGCCCCUAUUGGACACAACAGGCAUUACAACAUGGUUCCCUUUUUCCCACCUGUGACAAAUGAGGAGAUCUAUGUUGCAUCUGAACAGCUGGGUUACUCCUAUGCCAUUGAACUUGAAGAAACGGACAACACAUCGUCUGUCUUUGUGUUAGGUAGCACACUCGGAGGGAUAUUCCUCGGCCUACUUGUUCUGUUCGUCCUGUUGGUGUUGUACGUACAGCAGAGGAGAAAGCACGAGUUCCAGCCACUCCUCAAUGCAGAGUUCACUAAUACCAAGUACACAGAGGAAGCAUAGUCCCUACAUACCUACUGCAUACUACAUUCAAACAAGCUGCAGAUACAUGGAAAUUAGGGCUGUCAAUUUUACACAUUAAUUUAUAGCGAAAUAACACAAUUAAUCAUGCCACCUGACUAGUAUUAACAUUUCUUAUCUUAUCAUUUGUGAGUCCGCAGUGUUUUAAAACAGCUAAACAAAAUGCAUUGGAAUCGCAUUGGCCCAGACAUUUUUCAAAGUAGAAUAACUUUUAACUUAUCUCAUGGACCAAGACGGUGAUGGCCUAACACGUCAGUCCUCAUGUGUACAUAGAUAAACAAUUGGAAGAAGACUGCAGACGGUACACAAGAAUGCGUCCUGUGUGAACCGCACUAGUUCUACCUCAUACUCAGGGCCGUAGCUAGUGGGGUGAAAGGUGGUAACGAUUCUAGGGGCCUGAAGGUCCAGGGGACCCCAUAACAAAUUCUAAACUGUAUUGUUUAAUAGGAACGGGGCCCAGAGCAAUGUAUAGUCAGGGGGCCCAGAUUACCUUGCUACGGCCCUGCGAGUCAGACCGAUCGGCAAAAUGGAUCGCUGUGGACUUUAGGUCAGUGAUUUGCUUAUGUUCAUUUACAUGGAAUGCAAGCAAAUAAAUUGAAUUUUAAAGCCACUUUUGUAACGUCGAUUCAGUGCCGCAAUAAUGUUAUGUCCUUGAAUAAUCUGCAUUUGAGGGCUUUCUCAGAAAAUGUCGAUGUAUGUGAUUAAUUGUAUUUAAUAAGAUGAAUAAAUAGAUAUAGUAAAUAUAUUGAUUGACAGCACUAAUUCAAAUGCAGCUGAGUGGCUUUGUUCUGCCUUAAAAUGCUGCCUACGUAGGCAGCGCACUAGGUUUUGGAGCAGAACACAAAACUAUAUGAUGAUCAGAAAAUUCAGUAUAUCACAAACUUUUCUGUUUACUUUUGAUGGUUAGUCAAAAUGAGAGAGAAGCGAAUGAGUUAGUCUGAGCUGCUGCUUUGUAACAAGCCGAAUAUUACACUGUAAUAGAAAGCACUGGAUAUGCAAAUGAGAUGCAAAGAACAAGUUAACAAGAUAAUGUGAUUUCAUAUGACCUCAGUUUUGUUUAUGUCUAUUAUGUUCCAAAUCAAAUGUACUGUUUUGCAUAUGCUGGUAUAUGUCAUUAUCAUACCGCUGUAGGGAUGAGAUGUUGUAAAAUAAACCAAUAAAAUAAAAAUAAAAAAUUCUCCUCGCUAAUUGUUGUUUAAAAAAGUUUACACACCAAAAGUAAAUUUCAAGAUAUGUUAGCAAAUGUAAAUAAAGCACAAUGAGGUA